AUGUCGGUGAUAACUGCCUGCGUCACUCGUCUCUGCAACCCGCCCUUAAUAUGUAAACUCCACAACCAUCGGCACUACGAGGCCUAUGACGCAGCGAGUACCUGCGGUUUUGCUGCAGGCGGUUCCCGCCUUGCUUGGGGAGACGAUCAUUUCAUCACAUCCAACUACCCCAACUUCACGGUGGCGGGCUGGUAUCGUCAUAUGAAAGUCGAUCUCCAGAUCUCGGCUACCAAGCAAGUUUCCUGGUUUGUUAGAAGCCCUAUUGAUGAUCACCUAAGUCUGCUUGCUACGUUUAUUGGUAGUAUUACGGACGAUCGUGGCACUACUAAGAUUGUUGGAAUGUGUCCAGCUGAGUAUGCCCGCAGUAUGAAUCCUCUAGAUCCUCUAGUGCUUAGUCGACACUCGGUUCCUCAACUGAAGAGGCCGCUGCACUUUUUCACGUACCAAAUUCUUCACCUGGAUGAAUGCGCUCAGCUACUGCCAACUGACAUGCGUGCGGAUGGCAUGACUCUAUGCAGGUUAGCACAUGUCCGCAAUCUCAACGGCGAGGCUCUCGUCUACUGGGACGUCGCCUUCGUAAACAUCCCAUCACGGAUUCUCGAGGCCGCACAAUGCGAGCACCUGAGCGGAUGCAAUAGACUGUACAUGAUAAUAACGAAGAGGUAA